AUGUCUGUAUUUCACGACGAGGUUGAAAUAGAAGAUUUUGAAUAUGACGAAGAAACAGAAACGUAUUAUUUUCCCUGUCCUUGUGGGGACAGAUUCGCAAUAACGAAGGAGGAUCUUGAGAAUGGUGAAGAAGUGGCCACCUGUCCCAGCUGCUCACUAAUAGUGAAAGUAAUCUAUGAUAAGGAGCAAUUCAUGUGCGGAGAAGUAAUUGAAGUACCAAAAUCGUCAGAAAACAAAGUGGAGCUGGCCCAGAGCUGA